AUGGAUUUCUCACUUUUCGAGAAAAAAAAAGAAGACAACUCUAUGAUUAUAAAACUGUACUUCAUCAUCAUUAUACUCUUCAGUGUCUAUUCUCAUCCAACAGACUUUAAUGAUGCCACGCCAUCAGAUACUGCUCCGAGAAAAAGUGAGCAAUUGGAAGAGGACAUUGAGAAGUUUGGAAAAGAUAUUCAGUCAGAAUCCAUGACUCUACAAGAAGCUCAAGAGAAUCCAGAACUGAAAAUCAAUGAUGAAUUGGAUCUUAAAAAGAAUUUGGAGAAUUUGCCCACGGAAAAGCUUACAGUAUCUACCGAAACUACAGUAUCCACUGAAAAACCCAGACUUGAUCGAGAGGAGCUGGAGAAUGAGGUCGCGGGUGGCGAUCCACCAAUCACGGACGAUUUCGAUUUGAAAAGUAAUUUGGAGAAUUUUCAAGUACCAACAACCACAGAAAGAUCGGAACCAGAGCAAAAUGAGUUGGUGAAUGAGGAGACAGGCGGAGAUCAAGAAGACACUGAACCACUAUCCGUUCAUCCCAACGAGAAUUAUUUUUCCGAUUUUAAAGGAGUGUUGAAGAAUCGAAAAGCUUCCGAGAGUUCUGAAACGCUAGGAACACCUCGUCGCAGCCAUCAGAAUUUCAGAGGUUCCAGAAUUUUCGAUACACAGGAAGAGGAAUCAAAGGAUCUGAAAUUUGGUGUGGCAUCUGUGAAAGAGAAACCAAGUGUCAAAUCAGAACUUUCAAAUGACAAGAGUAUUCUCGAUUUGCAUCCAGAAAGUACUUUGAAGCCGGAGCAAGACGCACAAGAUCCUAAAAUUGAAGAAAACGAAUUGUCUUCUGACGCAACGACAGAGAACAAAGCUAGCGAUGGAUUUCUUGGACCUUCAAAGUCUGAAGACAUCGCCACAAGUCAACCAAAACCUCCAGAAAACGAUUCUAAACUGGAAAAUUCGUUUUCGAUUCUAGAACCCGAUAACCAAAACUCGCCAGAAACCAAAACAUUCGAGCCUCGGAUCGAUGAGCAAAAAGAUGAUAUUCAGGGACUUCCUGACUUGGUAAAACCAGAAAUUUUAGAUGGUGAAGCAAGAGAGGAUAUGGAUUUUGGAGAAGCUGAUAAACUCAGAGAAGAUGACGAUGACUGGAUCAGUUGGGAUCUUAUUCACUUUUUGUUAUUGUUGAGUCCCUAUGAGGAGGAUGUGAUCACUUGGUGGAACAUUGUGCUAGAAGCGGUUAAGUGCUCAUUGCGUAGCUGCUCCAGUUCAAUGUCUGUUGUUCAUCACCGAUCCGUUGAGCUCCCCAGAAUCACCAGACACCGUCGUCAGGAUUCUGAAUUCGACCCUCACGAGAUUCAAAGACAACACCGAAACCAUGCGCUUGUAAAGAUUUUGAAACCCACUUUGAAAAAAUGUAUGAAUCGAUACGAGACUCCAGAAGUCAGAAUUCCAGUGUGGUAUAAUUGA